CCGCCCCCUCCCCAGUCUCUUUUAAAAGAUCAUUUUGAAUGUUUAAACGUCUUCCCGUGCUUUAUUGCAGUGCCCGGUUCAGCCUCAGGGCCGCUCUGCGCGUCGGGUCCGUGCGUCGCUGGAGCCGCGGUUGAGGCCGUGGGGCCUGGGCAAGGCCCGGCUCCGUGCCCCGUGCCCGGGGGCUGCCGCCGGGGUGAGCCGGGAGAGACAGUGGGCCCGUCCGGGGCCUCCGGUGUCCCGCUCACCGGGGUGUCCCGGAGGGGCCUCCCCAGGCCUGCAGCCCCUUACCAGGGCUUUACGCUCCCGCUUUGCUAACCUCCCUGAGCUUUUUUUCAACCCCCUCCCGAGCCUGGCGGCCCAGGGCAACCGGUACCGGAGUUCUCUGUCUUUCCCCACGCCGUAACCGGAGCGCUGGCACGGAACGGGGGUAUCGGGGCGGGGGGAUCCCGUAUCGAACUACAAGUCCCAGCAGCGGGCCGGGACCGCCCAGGGGGAGGUAUCCCGAGCAGGCGGCACGGGGACGGGGGCCUCCGCCUUUUCCUGGGCUUCCGCCUCUCCGCGCAGUCUCGGAGGUUUCCAACGGUGCCCCUCGGUGAAUGAAAGAAGCAAACGGCAACAGCGAAAGAAAAGGGAAAAAACCAGGAAUUUCCCGGAGAGGCUGGGCCAUAAGCACCAGAGGAAGCGGGAUUUAUUCUGCUCUGCUCAGGACUUCCACGAUGGACGAGACCUCCGAUGAGCCUCCCACUUCCGUGGUCCUCUUGGACAACUGCCACUUCUCCCAGGUCAUCUUUAACAAUGUGGAGAAGUUUUACGUUCCCGGAGGAGACAUAACCUGUUACUAUACCCUCACACAGAACAUCGUUCCUCGUGGGAAGGACUGGGUGGGCAUCUUCCGGGUGGGAUGGAAAACAACGCGGGAGUAUUACACAUUCAUGUGGGCCCCUCUGCCUGGUGACGUCCACGGUGAUACUGCUGUGCAGCAACAGAUCCAGUUCAAAGGUUACUAUCUCCCGAAAGAUGAUGAAUAUUACCAAUUCUGCUAUGUCGACCAGGAUGGUGUGGUCCGGGGAGCCAGUGUGCCUUUCCAAUUCAGAGCAGAGACUGAGGAUGAUAUCCUGGUGGUUACCACGCAGGGAGAAGUGGAAGAGAUUGAACUGAAAAACAAAAAUUUGCAUAAAGAAAACGAGGAGCUGAAAGCAAGCUGUGCAAGUCUGCAGAAACAAAACAGUGAUCUGCAGGAAGAGCUUAAGAAGACGCAAGUAAACAAAAAGGAGCUGCAGGAUAGUCUAGAGUCUCUAAAGAGCAAUGCAGAGAAGCUGGAACUGGAGCUGAAUUCCCUGAAAAAGGAAAAUGAACAUCUAAAGGAGCGGGAUGACUGCAAAGAGACAGAACUGCUCCAAAUCAGAGAGCAAAUUCAGAACGUGACCUCUGACAAGGAACGCCUGGAAAUCAGACUGAAAACAGCCCUGGAUCACGUGGACCAGCUGCAGUCUCAAGUGCUGAAUUAUGAGAAAGAAGUAGAAAGCCUCUCUCAUAGGGACCAUGACAAGACAGAGCAGCUUGAAAGUUUAAAGGAAGAGAAUCGCCAGUUACGCAUGGCUAGAACUGAACAGCAACAAACCCGCGACUUAAUGAAAGAACUUGAGGAGCAGAAGUGUUUGUUUCAGGUUCUGCAGGCAAAAAAGAAUGAAGCUGAUGAAGAAAAUCAGAAAUUAAUGGAAGAGAAUAACAGACUGCUGAGGCAUCUCUUUCAGGCUGCAGAGGCUUCUUCCUUCUCUGUUUCACAAGCUCAAGCUCCAGUUCGAGCUCCUGAAGUAGGAGGCCUUCUGUUUGGAAAUCCAUAUUAUGCUGCAGGAACAAACCCAGGGGCAGGAGAUGCAGACAUAGCUUCUAUAAGGAAAUGCCCCAUGUGUGAUGAAGUAUUUCCUGAAGACAUUGAAACAAGCCAGUAUGAGGCCCAUGUGCAGAGCCAUCUCCUGGAGUGCCCACUCUGCAGCGAGACCUUUGAAAAGUCCAAUAAGCAGGUGUUUGAUGACCAUGUUUUUUGUCAUGGCCUGGAAUAAUUCUGAAU